AUGACUCGAGAGCGGGGCCAGAGCAACCUGGGUCCUGAAAAGGCCCUUGAAGCCGCCCGCCGUGUCUUUCUUUCUGCGCCACGGCCCACGUUCGGCCACUUUCGACUCCACGCGAGAGCACAGAAGCUAGUGGCCGCUAGGCGAGAUCAGCAGCCGAGCUCGGUAGCCAUCCGAGAAGAAGCAGAACCGUGGCGUCACCGCCAGGAACCGCCAGCCCAGGUUCCGGUUCCGAAAUACCUCUUCAGUAACUAUUCCGCACCCUGCCUGCCCCCGUUCCAACGGCGACAGGGCUCGGCCGUCUUUGCGCCCGAAUACGGCGGCUCGUCCGAGCAAACAGCCCACCCCUCCCUGAGGGGGAAGUCCCCUCCCGCCCCCUCAUCCUACUGCCUGGUCGGCGACCUCCUGCGUAUUCCAGAAGAGUCAGAAAUGCCCUUGGUGCACAUAAUGCAGAGAGAGCCCGCUUCUCGUCGAGCUCGGCUUCCGCCGGCCGCAUCUGGCGUUGUGGACGGCCAGAGAGGCGUGAAACCUCCCGCUGGCCCCGCUGGUCCCGCCGGACUUGUGUUUGUCCUGUAUGACACGGUCGACCAACAAGUCGUCGGCGUGCCAAAUCAUACUUGGGGCACUGUUUAUUUUUGGAUGCCGAGACCCGAUGUGAGGCAUGCAUGCUCAAUGAUGCAAAUCGCAACUUCUGCGAGCCGGCCGUAUUUCCAUAUCCGUAGCGGCUGUAGCGAAGGGCUGCCACCCCCGGCCGGUGGCUAUCUCUGCAAUGUUUCACCUCAGGAAGCGCCCAAGUUGGUCCGCAAAUGUGUGUGCGAGUGUUUUGCCUCGAGACGGCUGAGCACUUAUGGGAGUGUGCGCGCUGCGUGGUGUGUCCCGCAGCAGCACACGCCGAGGCGGCGACUGCUUGCUAGGAUGUGGCUGUCAAGCCAAGCCGUGUCAGCCGCACCCAGAGAACACUCCGUGAGACGGUGUCUGGACGUGCAAUUUACCUCAAGCACUCUGUUCCGCCAGAGAUUCGGGGCUCGGGCGUGGUGA